UUCUGAACCAUGAUCUCUGGUCGCUGUGCAGCUUGCAAGUAUUUGAGAAGAAGAUGCCCUUCAGAUUGCAUUUUCUCUCCCUAUUUUCCUCCCAACGAUCAUCAAAGAUUUGCUUGUGUUCACAGAAUCUACGGUGCCAGCAAUGUCGGAAAGAUGCUUCAGCAAAUCCCAUCCCAUGAUCUCCGAGCUAAAGCAGCAGAUACUUUGUAUUUCGAGGCGAAGUACCGAAUUCAAGACCCAGUCUAUGGCUGUGUUGGUAUGAUCACUCAGUUACAUCAACAAAUACACAAUGCAGAGAGUGAGCUUGCCAAAACCCAGGCUCAGAUUGCCUUCCUCAAUUCCAAUGAUCAUGCACAAGAAUCCCAAGUUCAGAACAUCGAAACCAAAUUACAUCCCGACUCCAACAUUUUAAUAUUGCCGGAGCAAAUCAAUGCUGCCGGCGGCCUGUGGUCCUAUGUUCCUGCCUCGGCCACUAGUACUGAUCAAACUUCUUGGUUUUAGUUAGUGUUGUUUUCAAAUACUAAAACAACAUGUUGGAAGCAAUGGAUUAAUUCAAUGCAUAUUAACA